CUGCCGUCUGCAAGCUCUGCAAAAGUGAGCAGGACGCGAGGCGGUGCGCACAGAGGAGAGUCCACAGAAGCGGACGUGGUGAGCGAAACAGUUUUUUGAGGACAAGGAGACGAAAGUGCAAGCUGCAAACAUAACGGCAGCAGAAAAUCUCCCAGUAUAAGUCAGUAUCUUCAGUGUUUUUCAGUAGACGCCUCCAGAAAGCUAAUCGGAGGAGGUCUCGUGCGGUGUUCGCCGUCUGCUCAGUGUUUGACCAGGACUGCUCAGUGUGACCAUCCGCUGCCCGGCUUCAGACGCUACGGUGCGCCCUGAUGAUGGACCAGCUCUGGUGAUCCGGAGCACAGCCGCCCUGGACGUCAACAAGUCCACCGUGCUUUGAGAAAAUGGGCUGUUUUUCCACCGUGGAGGGGAGGGCUUUGCUGUAACACCGGCGGAUCAUGGCAGGGGUACACGCUUCAGAUGUUGUGUCGGGACAUUUUCUGGAGCCUACCAUCGGCGCCCCGCCAGCCCAGGGCGCGACUAACACAGCGGGGAUCACCGGCGAUGCGGCGGCGGUCACUCUGACCGGUACCCGGGCGUACUUGGAGGUGUCGGCCGCUGCCCAGGGCUACGGGGCCGAAGGAGUUUACACCAAUGGACGGUACAGGGAGCACGGCAGUCCACGGAUCGGGAGUGGCAGCCGUGAUAAUUCCGCCGAGAGAAGUCAGGGAGCUGGAAACACACCUUGCGGCAUCAUGAAGGAUGGUUCCAAACAGAGGCAGGUGAGGAAGAAAACGGUGUCCUUCAGCUCAAUGCCAAGUGACCGCAAGAUCAACAGCACAGCUGCUUGCAUGGCCUUCAUGAUGGAGGGUUGUGAGAUGAAGAAGGUGCGCUCCAACUCACGCAUGUAUAACCGCUACUUCCUGCUGGAUCCAGACAUGCACUGGCUCCGUUGGGAACCAUCCAAGAAGGAUUCAGAGAAGGCCAAACUGGAAAUCAAGGGCAUUAAAGAGGUCCGUUUAGGAAAGAAGACUCCAGUUCUGCGCAGCAAUGGUCUCUCAGAUCAGUUCCCUGAUGAAUGCGCCUUCUCAAUCAUCUAUGGGGAUAACUAUGAGUCAUUAGAUUUGGUAGCCAGCACAGCAGAUGUUGUCAGCACCUGGGUGAUGGGCCUGAGGUAUCUGGUGUCUUAUGGCCGGCACCCUGUAGACAUGGUGGAACCCAGUCAACCGAGUCUAAGAACAUCCUGGAUUGGUUCAGUGUUUGAGCUAGCAGAUAUGGAAAAGGAAGGACACAUAGACCUGUUCAGGGCCACCCAGAUCAUCAAAGGGCUCAACCCUGGAAUGAAAGAGUCUAGGAUAGAGCUGAAGUUUAAGGAGCUCCAGAAAGCUAAAGACCAAUAUGGAGAGGCAAUUAAUAUGGACACCUUUGUGGAGGCCUACUGUGAGCUCUGCACACGACCAGAGAUCUUCUUCCUACUGGUGCAGUUCUCCAGUAACAAGGAGUAUCUUGACAGUAAAGAUCUGAUGCUAUUUGUGGAGGUGGAGCAAGGUGUUGAAGGUGUAACGGAGGACAUGUGCAGGGAUAUUGUUCAGAAAUUUGAGCCAUCUGCCGAAGGCAGGGAGAGGGCUUACCUCUCCAUUGAUGGUUUUACACACUACCUCCUCUCCUCUGAAUGCCACAUCUUUGACCCCCAGCACAAACGUGUGUGCCAGGAUAUGACCCAGCCUCUGUCCCACUACUACAUCAACUCAUCGCAUAAUGCCUCCCUUCUGGAAGACCAUUUCUGGGGUUCGUCAGACAUCAGCAGCUACAUCCGAGCUCUAAGAAUGGGCUGCCGCAGCAUUGAGGUCAUUGUAUGGGAUGGCCCUGAUAAUGAACCAGUGGUAUAUGUGGGUAGUUCUGUUGCCUCACACCUAGCUUUCUCUAAAGUCCUGGACAUUAUAAACCAAUAUGCUUUUGAGAGUUCAGAGUAUCCCCUGAUUCUAUGCUUAGUGACCCACUGCUGUAUCCCCCAGCAGAGGGUCAUGGCACAGCACAUGAAAAAGAUUCUUGGGGACAAGCUGUACGUUGAACCCCCCAACAAGGAGGACAACUACCUACCUUCCCCUGAGAAACUCAAAGGUAAAAUCCUCGUCAAGGGUAAGAGGCUACCACCCAACUGCACUGACCCCGAGGGAGAUGUGACAGAUGAAGAGGAGGGUCUGGAAAUGUCCCGAAGAGUGGGAGCUGAUGAGAAGGACCAGAUAAAUGGCUUAGGCUACAAGAGACUCAGACUGUGCAGGGAGCUCUCUGAUCUUGUAUCUCUCUGCAAGUCUGUCCAGUUUAGGGACUUUGAGACCUCUAAGAGGGACCAGAAAUACUGGGAGAUUUGCUCCUUCAAUGAGAUAGAUGCAAACAGGUUUGCCAAUGAGUUCCCAGAGGAAUUUGUCUGUUAUAACAAGCGCUUUAUCUCCCGGAUAUAUCCCACACCGAUGAGAAUUGAUGCCAGCAACAUGAAUCCCCAGGAUUUCUGGAAAUGUGGCUGCCAGAUUGUGGCCAUGAAUUACCAAACACCAGGCCUGAUGAUGGAUCUCAACCUAGGUUGGUUCAGGCAGAAUGGCAACUGCGGGUAUGUUUUGCGGCCAGCUAUCAUGAGAGAGGAGGUGUCCUACUUCAGUGCCAAUGCUCGGGACUCCCUGCCAGGGGUGUCUGCACAGCUUCUUCACAUCAAGGUCAUCAGUGGACAGAAUCUACCUAAGCCACGUGGCUCUGCAGCCAAGGGUGAUGUGGUGGAGCCCUACAUAUAUGUUGAGAUCCACGGCAUCCCUGCUGACUGUGCUGAGCAAAGAACCAAAACUGUCUCCCAGAAUGGUGACAACCCCAUUUUUGAUGAGAGUUUUGAAUUCCAGAUCAACUUGCCAGAACUUGCAGUGUUGCGCUUUGUGGUGCUGGAUGACGACUACAUCGGAGACGAGUUCAUUGGCCAGUACACCAUCCCAUUUGAGUGCCUACAGCCAGGCUAUAGACAUGUCCCCUUGCAAUCUCUGACGGGAGAGUUCCUACCCAACACCACCCUGUUUGUUCAUGUAGCCAUCACCAACAGGCGGGGUGGAGGAAAGGCUCAUAAAAGGGGUCUGUCUGUCAGAAAGGGUAGGAAGGCCCGGGAAUACACCACCACCAAGACCACAGGGAUCAAAGUAGUGGAUGAGCUCUUCAGAGCUUCGACCCAGCCCCUCAGGGAGGCCACAGACCUCAGAGAAAAUUGGCAGAAUGCCAUGGUGUCCUUUAAAGAGCUGUGUGGCCUGACCCCAGCGGCCAACAUGAAGCAGUGUAUCCUGACAGUGUCAACUUGGCUGAUGAACAGCGAGCGGUCACUGAGAGUGACAGUGGACCUGAGCGAGACCUACCCCACCAUGGAAGCUCAGGGUCCAGUCCCCGAGCUGCUGCGCAAAGUGCUCAAUGCCUACGACAUGAUGAUCCAAACCAGCAGAACACUGAUCGAGUCGGCUGAUGUCGUCUACUCCAAGCUCACGCAAGCACAACGAGCAGGUCUGGACUUCCAUGAGGACCUGCAUCGCAUUGGAGCAAAGGAGGGUCUGAAAGGCCGCAAACUUCAGAAGGCGAUGGAGAGCUACGCCUGGAACAUCACUGUCCUCAAGGGCCAGGCAGACCUGCUGAAGCACGCUAAGAGCGAGGCACUGGACACACUGCGUCAGAUCCACUGUGCAGCUCAGUCCUGCGGCCUCAGUAAGAAUGGAGCAACUUCCCCACAGCUUCAGCACCAUCCUCACCACCAGCCACAGCAGGUCCAGCUGCAGCAGCAGCCGCAGACCAGGGCCCACCCACCACCUGCACCACUGCACCAGUCCCAAACUCAGCCCCAGUCCCAGACAGCACCUCAGGCUUACCUCCAUCCCCUUCCACAGCAACAUCCCCCUCUCCCAGCUCUCCCUCUGGUUCAAACUGUUUCACAACCGCCCGCUUACACUCAACCCCCGCCUCUCCCACAGCUCCAGUUUCAGUUCCAGAGCCAGCAGCAGAGGGCAGCAGGACCUCUGGAUGCCAUCCCCGAGACAGAGACGGUUAGUGGCGACCCGGCGGGAUCCUGCUGACCCGCAGCCUGUGCCCACAGAGAAUCCUACCCAAAGAGAGACAGAGAGAUGGAGAAGUGGGAAGAAAAGCAGGAGGCCAAUAACGAAAGGGAAAUGGAGCAAUUGGCCGAGAGAAUUAAAGAAAUGAUGAUGGCGAGAAAGACUCGUCGUGUUCGCAGUGAGACCCAAGUCUGAGAGGUUUGUUUUGGUCCAAGGGCUGAAGGAGAAAAGACCUCACUCUUAAAUAAUUUCUUAACUGAAUGGAAAACUGGAAAAAUGAUGCUUACUCUUCUCUGUAAUGGAUUUGGAAGAUAAUCUUCCAUCUGAGCCAGGUAGUUUAGGUCUCUUCUGUCUUCUCUCUUGUGAAAAGCCAAAAGGGUAACACCUGGAAACAAACCUCUGGUGUGUGUUUCUGCUAGAUGAAUAAGUUAGAUGUCCCUGUCUCUCUCUGGGCAGUGCUAAUAACGCGCCCCUCCAUUAUGUACUCUAGCUCUGUGGGUACAGGCUUUACCUCACAUUGGCGUUUUCUGCCACAAAUUUGCCUUUUCAUUUCCAGAGACUCCUCUGCAUGUCUUUGAGGGUUUUUUUAAUUUGAAUUUUAUUUUUUAUCCACACUCUUCCUCUUCCAUCUUAGACAUAAAGCUAAGUGCAAAUCCUUUCAGUGAAGAGGGUGUCAUUUUCAUUUUAAGUGCACAAUGUAGACUUGGCUGCGCUCUGUAGGCGUCACUCACAGAUGCCCAUUUCAGCACAAACCAGGAAGCCGUAGAGCCAAAAUAGGAAAACAAACCACUGCUGUUGAUGUCACAUUGAUGCCCUUUUUGCAUCCUCUGCUGGUGUCGAGCCCCCCCACACAUCUCCAGCGUCAUUCCACAGGAAUUAAUUUCUUCGGCGUUCCUGCACUCUCCCCACAGGGUCUCCUUGUCUCCUCCCCAGGGGCUGUGUGUGUGACGUCACGUGAGUCAGUGUUUUGGUCCCCAGGGUGGAGCUUGCCCACAUCUGUAAGCUCACCCGCCAGUCACAACUGGAAUAUUUGACUUGUUGGAGGUCAACAGGAACAUGGUACUGCUGUCAAUGAAACCACAAAUGAAUAGAUGUAAAGUGUAUGUAAAAUGUACGAAGGGAACAUAUAUUAUAUUGCUACAAUAAAUCUUGCAGACACAGAUAUUAAUGAUUGAUAUUAUAAUAAAUGUUGUUAGUUCUAUUGAUAUUUUGAUUCUUUUUUAACAUUACUUCCACAUAUACAGUGAUUUGACACCUGUUGUUCUGUGGUGCAGAUCAGGACAACCAGUGCACGUGGGACUGAAACAAGUUGCAGGAUCACUGGUUAGCACCACAACACGGGGUUAAACAAUAACCUGAUGUGUGUUUCACUGCAAAGUGAGUGUGGAUUCUGUAAGAGCUCCUUUAAGUGGCCCAUUAAAACUGGCUUCAUUGUU